AUGUUGGUCUCGAUACUCUCCUGGCUGAAGGCUCUCGUACACUUCUGGCCGCUUUCAAAGCUGAAGUCAGUCCUACACGAGCUCAAGUCCAUCUCACUUCAUUCGAAGUCGAAGAAUGAUAUCACAGACUUACCACAAGACUGCGGCCGGCGCCUCAUUGUCCGCAUAAUCGACGACCAUGCUCGCAACAACCCUCAAGGUACCUUCUGUUGCAUGCCGCGCACCGACGAUCUGAAAGAUGGGUUUGAUGACAUCAGCUGGGGCCAACUGGCCAACGCAAUCAAUCGCGUUGCGUGGCUGAUUGAAGAGAAUCUGGGGCGAAGUGACAGCUUCGAGUCGAUAGCGUACUUCGGCCCUCCCGAUAUCAGAUAUGCCAUUGUUGCAGUAGCAGCCCAAAAGACCGGGCACAAGGCCCUCUUUUCAUGGAUAUUGAAUGACAUCGAAACACAUCUGCACCUGCUCGAAAAGUCGAACUGCAAAUUCAUGAUGACACCCGCCGCGCACGACGACUUCAUCAACGACAUCGCAGCAAAGCGGCAAAUGAAACACCUAAUCAUCCCCACCCUGCCCUCUCUCCUAAACUCCAGCCUCGUAGCCCAUCAAUACCCGUACACCAAAACCUUCUCCCAAGCCCGCAACGACCCCUUCGCCACAUUCCACACCUCGGGCUCAACCGGCUUCCCAAAACUAGUCGACAGCACGCACGGCAGCAUGGCCGCCUGCGACGCCUUCCAACUCGCCCCCACCUCCCCCACCAGCACGCCCUCCAUCGCGGACAUCUACAAAGGCCGCCGCGUCUUCGCAGGCAUCCCGCCCAUCCGCGCCGCCGGCAUGUUCCAAAUGCUGACGAUGCCGGCCUUCUACAACAGCGUCGCGAUAAUCGGGCCAGCGACGCUGCCCACGCCCGCCAUCGUCGACGCCGUGCACCGCUACGGCAAGCCGGACAUCACGAUUCUGCGCCCAGACUACCUGGCCGCGCUGGCGGAGGUCCCUGCGCAGUUCGCCCGCUUGGCCGAUAUGCAGUUCGUCCUCGCGGCAGGGUACGCGCUGCCGAGGGAGCUGGGCGAUAGGAUCGCGCGUGUGACAAGCGUGGGCACGUAUCUCGGCUCGACGGAGACGCUGCUUGUGUCGCUCGAGGUGCCCGCACCCGCACCCUACGACGGCCGAAGGGAUGGAGGGGAUGGGGGAGGGGAGGAGGGGGGGACUGGCAAUACAGCGCCAUCCACCCGCACAUGGGCGUGCAGUUCCGGCACUACCACGCCGAUCUGCACGAACUCGUAUUCGUGCGCUCAAAACGCUGUGAACCCUACCAAGCUGUGUUCCACACGUUCCCACAUCUGCGCGAGUACUCGAUGA